CGGUUCGUCACGAACCUCCGUUUUAACAAAAUUACGGCCAAAACCAUGGCUGAAAAAUUACAGCAAAAAUUCGAGGAACUGAAAGCUCGCUUGGAUCUAGCCGAAGCUAGAAGUGAGUCUUUUAAGGAGAGCUUAAAUGAAGUUAAUAGUCGAAUUGAUAGCGCGGAAGUUACGGCUGCUUCAUUGAGUCGUCAUGCAACGACGACUGAAGUUGAGAUGAAGAGAAUCGCUUCUCGUUUGCAGGAAGUUCAAGGACAGUUGUGGUCAACGCACGAGACUUUGAGAAAGAAUGCAGAAGUCAUGACUAGCCUGUCUACAGAGGAAGAUCAAAUCAGCUCUCAGCAGGACAAAUUACACGAGAAACUGAAAACUGUUAAAGAAACGGUGGCCUUAAACGAGUCCAAGUUGGAUGAAGCCAGGAGAAGAAUUAAAUCAGUUGAGCUGCAGAAAAAACUCGCAGAGAAACGCUGCGAGCGACUAGGACAACUAGAAGGACAGCUCGCCGCCAAAUUGUCAGAGGUGAACAAGAACAUAGAAGAGUUGCAGUCCAAUCCACGAACAGGAAUGAGCGAACAUGAAGAACUGGCGUUGAAUGAGAAAAUAAAAGAUCUUAAAGACUGCUACAGAGAAUCCGAGAUUAAAGCAGAGCUGGCGCAAAGGAAGAUUGCGGCGCUAAGUUACAAGCGUAACUCAUUGGAAAAGGAAUUAGAAGAGAUCACAGAGAGAAAACACUGGGCACAAGAUGAGCUCAACAGAGUGUCUGAUGAGUUUGGUGUUCCUAUAUGACCAUCCGGAGAAACUAUAAAAAGUCACUAUUUUCUCUAUGUAACCUGUUAUCGUAUUGCACUGUUUAAUGUAAGAAAAAUUUGGAGGUGGUAGCAAUGGCUGUUAACGUUAAAAAAAACACGCAGUUUAGGACAAAAGGGUCGAGUGUCAUGCCGUAUGAGUUCAUCUUCAGCCACGAUAUUGAACACAUUGGCAACGACGGCUACGUCACUCUUCGCUAUAGGGAUUUUCAGAUCUCUAGUUAGCCGGGCUGCGCUAUAGCCUAUCAGAUAUCAAACUGUAAGUACGAUUUGGUCUAACAUUAAAUCCUGUGUGUAUUUCCUCUCUAAAUUGUAAUUGUUUUAGCUGUUGAUUUUUAUCUCUUCCGAAACACGCAGCUCUUGAUAACUGCACUUUGCACUGAGUCGGGAAUACUGGGAAAAAAUGUUUACGUGGAAGACAAAUCCUGCAAGUUUUUUCUUUGACAGAGAAAGGAUCAGUAAGUUAACCUUUGCACUGUAUUAUUCCUUCCCUUUUCUUGCAAAGUAGGUCGUAUUGUCAGUCGUUCUGCCGCGCUCUAACCAAUCAGCGCAAAGUAGCUGUUAUUUUUGGCCAAUCAGAAGUGAUUUGAUUAAACCAAAAUGAUCGUUAUUUGGAUUUCUUCACUUGUAAGCGAAAAACACCGCUAGGGAUAAAAUUACUAAAACAGAACAUAGUGUUAAAAGUGUCGUGGUAUCUCAGGCCGUUCCAUGAUCUCGUUUAAAUAUAAUUAGCAACUUGUUAUAGGUUGAAUGUUAUAUUACGUAUUCUGUUUGGCUCAAUACAUCAUACACUUCAGCUGCGAUAAAAAAUAACAAUCCUUUAGUUCUAUUUACUCUAUUUGUUUCUAGACAUUGUUGCCUAGUUCCUGUACGGCUUUCUCCUAGGCCCUCGCGGUCAAUUGAUUUCGGUGAAGUUGACCGCGGCGAAAUAUUGAGGCCUAGUAACUAGGCAAGACUUAU